AUGCGCAGUAAAACAGCGACGCCCCUCGCCCCGCCCAUAUGCCGAGCGCGUGCCUUUAAGCUUUAGGGUACAGUCGUAGCGCCGAAAAACGCCAUGAACCCGCUGGAAGACGACGAUGCUAUGUUCUUAGCUGAUAUGUUAUUGGACGAAUGUAAGGCGGCAAAAGUUCCAGAAACGGAGCCUUCUGCGUGUAUGUGGGCUGAACAGGAUGAAGAAGGGAACCCUCUUCCAAAACGGAGAAGAACGGUGGAGAACCGGAAGCGAGGUUCUCCCAAAGGUACGUUUGCUGGUGCAUUGAGGCAGUCUGUGGAGCCACAACAACAGGCACAAGCUUCUGUCGGGGAGACGAUAUCAGAGUCUUCAGCCACUGAAGAAUCAGCAGCCAGUCGUGUAGUGAAAGGAAACAUUCCAGGUGGUGAAAUGCAAAUUCAGAUUGUAGCUGUAGAAGGAGGAGUAAAUGUGAACAGACUCUGUAUUGGAGAUCACCAACCCGAAGAGCCGUCAACAGCCUCUGCUGAUGCGCGUGAGUCUGUCACAGCCAUUCCCAGAGAUCCUGCCGAUUGGCCAGCAAACCUGACGGAUUCUGACAGGAUGGAGUUGGUCCAGCGAGGCCCUUAUGAGAUCCAAUCGGGCUUCAAUUUCCCCAAAAACCAGGACGGAAGGAGUUGCCAUCACCAUUACUUUUUCAGAAAAUUAUCCAACGGGGAGCGGAUUAAAAGAACAUGGCUGAUGUAUUCCCCCAAAAAAGACAGCUUGUUCUGCUUCUGCUGCAAACUCUUUUCUCAGAAAUCAUUUAAGUUGAGAACCGGUGGGGGUAUGACCGACUGGAAAAACUGCACCGACAUACUGAAGAUGCAUCAGAACAGUGCUGAGCAUACGAAGAAUAUGUGUUCAUGGAAAGAUCUGGAAACCUGUGUUACAAAGGGUCAAACACUUGACAAAGCUGAGCUGGCUCUAAUCAUCGCUGAAACGAGAAGGUGGAGAGAGGUUCUCACCAGAUUAGUAGCCAUCAUUCAGUCCCUGGCAGAGCGAAACCUUGCUCUGAGAGGGUCAACAGACAGACUUAAUGAAGCUGAUAAUGGGAACUUUUUAAAGGAAGUGGAGCUCAUGGCUCAGUUUGAUCCAGUCCUGAAGGAGCACAUGGCUCUGGUGGAAGGAGGAGCCGAUCACUCGUCUUACCUUGGAGAAACCAUUCAAAAUGAGCUCAUCGACUGUAUAAGUGAGAGGAUUCUGAAAUCUAUUUUGAGCGAAAUAAGCAAGUCCAAAUACUUCAGCAUUAUUUUAGACUGCACCCCGGAUUUGAGCCACAGGGAGCAAAUAUCGCUAAUAAUUCGAAUUGUUGCUCUGGAAGGGACUCCACAAAUCAAAGAACACUUCGUAGGAUUUCUCGAGGCAGAAGAAACGAGUGAAGAAGGCCUCUCAGCUCUCGUCUUCAAAAAACUCAGAGAGCUCAAUAUUCCAUUCUACAACUGUCGAGGACAGGCUUAUGACAAUGGCACAAACACGAUGGGGAAGAACCAGGGAGUCCAAGCCAGACUGCGCCAGAUUAACCCGAGGGCGUUGUAUGUGCCUUCUAUAGCACACACGGUGAAGCUGGUGGUGUCUGAUGCAGCAAGGAGCUCUGCUGAUGCAGAUGCCUACUUUGGUUACCUGCAGAAACUCUUUAACUUCUUCGCUGCAUCUACUUCGAGGUGGUCCAUUUUGAAAAACUACGUUGACACAGAUUUGAAAUUGCGGCUGGAGACUCGAUGGGAGACUCGAGUCAGCAGUGUGGCAGUUGUUAGAUUCCAGCCUGCAAAGGUGAGAGAUGCUCUGCUGGAGCUUAGAGAGAGCGCUGCAGAUCCAGACGUCCUAGUUGAAGCUCAGUCCCUGGCAGAAGAAGUCGGAUCUUUCCGGUUUUCAAUAUGCAGUGUGGUGUGGAACGGCAUUCUUUCAAAAAUCCAGAACGUGAGCAAACUUCUGAAAUCUCAGAACAUGGAGGUGGAUGUCGCUGUGGAUCUCCUGAAACAAGCAGAAGCCUCGCUCGCUGCCUACAGAGACGAUGGCUUUGCUGCAGCCCAGACGUGCGCUAAAAAAAUGUGUGAAGAGAUGAGUGAGGAAGCUGCUCUCAAACGGAAACGCCUCCGAAAUACCCAAGAGCAGUUCUCCUACGAGGCCCUUGAUGAGUCUAUGUCUGACGCGAUGCAAAAAAUGGAGGUCUCAUUUUUCAACUUGGUUGUAGAUAAGGCUAUUGCGUCAUUAAGAGAGAGAGCAGAAAUGAUGCGCAAAGUUGCUGGUAAGUUCAGUGUUCUCAACAAUUUCACUGAUCUGCCAGCUCUGGAGCUUGAAAAGCAAACCAAUAUCCUGUGCAGAACCCUCACAUCUGGAGAUUGGACAGACCUGAACAGUGAGGAGCUGUUGGUGGAGAUGAAGUCUUUUCCACCACGGCCAAAAACAAAGAUGACCAUGUUAGAGUAUCUUGCUUUCCUGGAGGAAAAACGCUUGACAGAGGUGUACCCAAACUUGUGGGUCGCAUUGAGAAUCGCUCUCACCAUCCCGACCACUGUGGCAUCUGCAGAGAGAAGUUUCUCCAAGCAGAAGCUGCUCAAAACAUAUUUAAGGUCUGCAAUGUCACAGGAGCACCUCAACGGACUGGCAAUUAUCAGCAUUAACCGGGACGUGGCAGGAGAGAUUUCGUAUGACGAAACCAUAGAUGCCUUCGCUGCACGCAAAGCCAGAAGUUUGAGGUUUUAAAACUUGUUUAGGAAACCUGUUUUUGUUCAUUUUGGUGUAAUUGUUAAUAUUUAGUUUCUUUCUCUCCUUCAAUCUUUUGCACUAAACUUGUUAGCUUCAGUCAUUUUAGAAUUUUCCUUUUUUUUUUAGAUUUUUUUGUAUUGCAGUUGUAAUAAUUUUGUUAAACGGUUAUGUCUAUUGACAUUUUUUUAUAUUCUUUUAGUCCCACUGUUGUCUUUAACACUAAAUGUAUAUAUAUUUUUUUGCAUAUUACUUUGAUUAGUUAAUAUUACCAAACGUAUACUAUUUUACAUUCUUAUCAUAAAUGCUUAUUGUUUGUGAUUUUGAAAAUUGCAUUAUUUCCAGUGUUUGAAUAAAAUGUUCUUGCAACUUGA